GGUUUUUUGAGUUUGAGAUUCAAAACAUUCCUCCACAUGGGCCACAAAGUAAGCGAACCACCUGGAACGGACUAACCGAAACAACAAGAUCUAACUUAAGAUUAUGCACGAUUCAGAUGCAGCCAACAGUACCCUUGUCCUAAUAACACGUGGCAUGUUGGCAGCGUUUCUUCUUCCCCACUCAGCCACGUUACCCAUUGCAAUGCCACGUUUCAACACCAACGGUUUUUGUUCCCUUCCCCCGUUAUGACCAUUGCUUUGUUCUUUUUCCUCUACAAACCAAAAAGCUUGUCAGAAAUAGCCAACACAAAAUUUCUGGUUUUUUAUCUUGUUCUUGUUACUGCAACACUUUCUUUUUUUCCUGAGAAACAAACAAUACCCUCAGAGAGAUAGAGAAAAAGAAAAAAAAAAGAGAUCAGGAAGAUGGGGAAACUAGUGGUGGUGGUGAUGGUAAUGGUCAUGUUAUUGGUGGGGGUUUGCUGGGGAUGGGGAGAGGACAAAGCAGAAGAAAUCAAGCAAGGUGCUGGUGAAGCCAUGCAAGAUGCCGAGGACGAAAACGAGAACUCCUGGUUUGAUUCGGCUUUUGACAAUUUCCCUGAGGUUUUUGGACAUAAAUACGAGAAUGUAAGAGAAGCAGCCAACGAUGUGAUGAAUAAAGCAGGAGAUGCGGCCUCAAGGACAACAGAGACAAUUAAUUCUGCUGCCUCUGAAGCAUCGAAUUAUGCUGCUGAAAAAGCUAGAGAGGGAGCAAACAUGGCUUACGAGAAGGCACGUGAUGGACUGAACAUUGCUAACCAUAAGCUUAACAUCGUUACAGAUGUGGCUUCAGAUCAGGGUAAUAGUGCUAGAGAGACAAUGGCAGGAGCAAUGGCCUAUGGGAAAGACAAAGCAGCCGAUGCCUAUAAUGAAGCUAAGGAGAAGAUGAAAGUAGAUUCAGACAUGGCUUCAGAUAAGGCCUAUGAUGCCAAAGAGAAAAUUGCAGGUGGGAUAGAGUACGGAAGAGAUAGGGCAGCCGAUGCCUACGAUCAAGCCGCGGAGAAGUUUGAGAUGGCUUCAAAUGUGGCUUCUGAAAGAGCCCAUGAUGCCAAAGAAACAAUAGCAGGAGCCAUGGGAUAUGUAAGAGAUAAAGCGGUCAAUGCCUAUGAAGAAGGCAGUCAAAAAAUGAAUACAGCUUUCAAUGAAGAGUAUGAUGUCGAAGAAAAGAUGGCUGGGGCAGUAAAUUAUGGAAGAGAUAAAGCAUCAAAUGCCUAUGACGAAGCUAAGGAGACGGUGACAGAAUCAAUGGGAUAUGGAAGAGAUAAAGUUGCCAAUGCCUAUGAAGAAGCUAAAAAUAGGGUAGGAGAAACAUAUGCGGCAGCCAAGGAGACCAUGAAUGAAGAGGCUAAGGCUAACUAUGAGGCUGCCAAGGAGAAAGCUUCCCAGGCUGUGGGUGAUCUUGGAGCUAAAAUGAGAGGGGGUAGCGCAGAGCUUUGAGUGAAGCUAUAUUUUCUACUUGCUGACAUUGUGAAACUAUCUUUCUGAGCAGAAGUUUGAGCUCCCAAUCCACCCCCAACCUUUUUAAUUUCCAGCUUCCUGAUGUGUGUGAGAAAGAAGAAUGAGAUUAGAUUACUCCUUCUUGAGUUGCCAAGACUAUUAGAAGGAAAGAGAACUCACAUGUAAUAACAUAAUUCAGUAUAUCAGCAAGUUCUCAUGGGCAUUUUCAUGCAAUCCCUCAACUUUUUGGUUACUUUUAUUGUUGAUUUGUCAUGGACAAAUGUACUUUUCGAACUACUUCAAAUGCCCUUCUCUUUUCCAAUG